AUGCACGCUCUCGCGUCAGCUGCUAUUCUCGUGCGGCGCGCGGAUCCCUCGCCUCCCCAUUGGCCGCGCGCGGUUCGAACGGCGCCACGCGAUUGGCCGGGCCCAAGGCCGCCCCCGCACACCCCCCCACCCGCCAUCCCCCACCACUCCUCUCUUCCCGCCGCUGACGGCUGCGGGCCGUUACAACGCUUCCAUAGUCCGCUGCAGACUGUUGGGUCGUGCGUUCGGUGCCGGUGUGUUGCUGUUCCGUUUCUGUUCCUGACUGCCGCCAACAUGGUUGCCGGAGGCAAGCUGAUGAACGUGCGGGUGACGACGAUGGACGCGGAGCUGGAGUUCGCCAUCCAGCAGACCACGACGGGCAAGCAGCUGUUCGACCAGGUGGUGAAGACCAUCGGCCUGCGCGAGGUGUGGUUCUUCGGCCUGCAGUACACGGACAGCAAGGGCGACCUCACCUGGAUCAAGCUCUACAAGAAGGUGAUGAGUCAAGAUGUCAAGAAGGAGAAUCCACUGCAGUUCAAGUUCAGAGCCAAAUUUUACCCAGAAGACGUCUCCGAAGAACUGAUACAAGACAUCACUCUUAGACUCUUCUAUUUGCAGGUGAAGAACGCCAUCCUGUCGGACGAGAUAUACUGCCCGCCGGAGACGUCCGUGUUGCUGGCUUCGUACGCCGUGCAGGCCCGGCACGGGGACUACAACAAGAGCCUGCACACGCCGGGCUUCCUCGCCAACGACCGCCUGCUGCCCCAGCGCGUCAUGGACCAGCACAAGAUGUCUCGCGAGGAGUGGGAGCAGAGCAUCACCACCUGGUGGAACGAGCACAAGGGCAUGCUUAGGGAAGAUGCGAUGAUGGAAUACUUGAAGAUCGCUCAGGACUUGGAAAUGUACGGCGUGAACUACUUUGAGAUCCGCAAUAAGAAAGGCACAGAUCUGUGGUUGGGCGUUGAUGCUCUGGGCCUCAACAUUUACGAAAAAGAUGACAAGCUGAAUCCGAAGACGGGGUUCCCGUGGUCGGAGAUCCGCAACAUAUCGUUCAACGACCGCAAGUUCAUCAUCAAGCCGAUCGACAAGAAGGCGCCGGACUUUGUGUUCUUCGCGCCGCGCGUGCGCAUCAACAAGCGCAUCCUGGCGCUGUGCAUGGGCAACCACGAGCUGUACAUGCGGCGGCGCAAGCCCGACACGAUAGACGUGCAGCAGAUGAAGGCCCAGGCGCGGGAGGAGAAGAUAGCCAAGCAGCAGCAGAGGGAGAAGCUGCAACUGGAGAUAGCCGCGCGGGAGCGUGCUGAGAAGAAGCAGCAGGAGUACGAGGAGCGGCUGCGCACCAUGUCGGAGGAGAUGGAGAAGAGGCAGCAGGACCUGAACAACGCCCAGGACAUGAUCCGGCGCCUGGAGGAGCAGCUGCGGCAGCUGCAGGCCGCCAAGGACGAGCUCGAGGAGCGCCAGAAGGAGCUGCAGGCGAUGAUGGAGCGGCUGGAGGCCAGCAAGAACAUGGAGGCGGCGGAGCGGGCCAAGCUGGAGGACGAGAUCCGCACCAAGCAGGAGGAGGUGAUGCGCAUCCAGAGCGUCGUCAGCGAGAAGGACGAGGAGACCAAGAAGCUGCAGGAGGAGGUGGAGCUGGCCCGCAGGAAGGAGGAGGAGAUGGCGCAGGCGCUGCUGGAGAAGAUGGCGACGCCGCAGCACCACCACGUGGAGGAGAACGAGCACGACGAGGACGACGAGAUGGUGAACGGGGACGUGAGCCGGGACCUGGCCACGGACGACAACAUCAUCGACCCCGUGGAGGAGAGGAGGACGCUGGCCGAGCGGAACGAGCGCCUGCACGACCAGCUCAAGGCGCUGAAGGAGGACCUGGCCCAGACACGAGACGUCACCAAGGAGACGCUGCUGGACAAGAUACACAGGGAGAACGUGCGCCAAGGCCGCGACAAGUACAAGACGCUGCGCGAGAUACGCAAGGGCAACACCAAGCGUCGCGUCGACCAGUUCGAGAACAUGUAGGCCGUCGCGCCGCACUUGUUCGUUAGAUGGCGAUGUAAGGGAACUGUUUUCAGUAGCAGCGGGGCCAGUUUGUAUAUUUUGUUAAAAAAAAAAAAAACUGACUAUCCACAUUAGUUAAAAUAGGACAAUGCCUGUUGAUCUGAUCUGUUCUGUUUGAUGAAAUUGUUACUCAGCACUAGUUUUACAUGGCACCCUGUGCUCGCGUCAGCUGCGAGAACAGGAGUACUUAAAGCUUUUUAUCUCUGGAUAGCUUCGUCCGUGUUAGUGAGAUAGGCUGAACGAGUAUUCACUAUGGCCUUACGUAAAGUUGAUUCCUGCAAAAUAACUUAGAAGACUGUUCCAGUGUGUAAAAAAGAAAAAAAAAAUUGAUUUAAUUGUUAAGGAAAUACAGGGCAAACUUGUAACGAGUAUGUCUGGUAUGUAGGAGUAUUUGCUGUGGACUCGGUUGGCGAGCGGGUUGUUUCUGUGGCCUAGCUGUGGACUAUCCAGUGACUUAAACCAAGUGCUCCUGAGACUAUCUUCAGUCCCCCCCCCUCCCCCUUCUGCCUGCUCUGCGGGAUUGUCGUCCUUCCCGCUUGCUUGCGAAACGCAGGGUUGCACCCGACUGUAAUUUGUAAAACUGUUUUAUCACAUUGUUAUUGUUGUAGCAUCGUGCGGAGAAAGUGACAAAAUGAAAUAAUAAAGGUUUAUUUUUGAUAUUCCAAUGUUUGAACCGUAGUGACGUAGCCAUUUUGCCCUGUAUUUUCAGUUAUCGACUUGGCAUGGUUAUUUGCACAACCUGUCGUGUGGGGAGGAUUGUGUAAAGUGAGAAGCUCAUAGUUGGUAGCAUUUACAUUUUCUUGCUCGGGAGUUGAGUGCGACAGUCGAGUGAUUAGGUAACAUAACUGUAGGGGGUUCUUCUAGCAUUCCAGUAAUAAUCAUGUAUUAGUUGGUGGAUUUACAAUAAUCCCAUUUGUUAGCAAUAAUGUUUACAUAUUCUGAAAAAAAGAAAUAUUAUCUUGGCCAUUUUGAGAAUUUUUAUUUAAUUUUAGUUGUAAGAAGUAUAUAAUGUGUUGUAAUUAUUUAUUUCUGAACUUGGCUUUCCAACAUUUCUCAUCUUUUGUAGUUACUUUACUGCUCAUUUGUAUCUACUGUUUGUCUUUUUUUUUAAAUAUAUAUAUUUUUGUGUUGCUGCUUUCUCGGAAAGCAGACUGGCAGUGCCAUCUAAAGCAAAGUAUUUCAUUUUCUCUUGUCCAUAACUACUUGGUUGGUGCUUUGUGAACACACUGUACAUAAUCCCUGGUGCACAGGAUUGUAACUUUUGUCGAGAAUUUUCAGACCAAAUAUUUUUUUUUUCAGCCAUGUUGCCUUUGGGAAAUGAAGAACUGCUGUUCAGGUUUUUCUGUAUAUCCUGUAAUUUGAAACCCAUAUUUUUCUUAUGUAGAGUAUAUCAAAGGUAUUCUUGUGUGUGGUAUGGGAUUAUUGCAUGUUCUUAUCAUAGGCCUUAAACAAGUGCAAAUUGUUUCCUAAAAAAAUUUUUACAGUUACUAAUCUAAAUCUGGUGAUUUUUUUCACAGAAAAUCCUUGAUUUUUGUCUUUAAUUUGUAUUGUUCAAACUUCUGUUUGUGUGUGUGAGAAUGUGUGAGGCCUUGAGAUUAUACUUUGCAAACUAAAAACUUGCUGUAGAUUCAAGGAACUGCCUAUGUAAUAAAUUUUCUUUCAUUA